UACAGGGACCUUCUAUUCAAAUUUGACCAAUAUUUUUCCGAAUUCGUACCCAUAUAUUUCUCUCGCAUUCAACUAUACCUUCACUCGGUCCUUGGUGGAAUGAUGCUUGAUCGCCGGCAUGGUGUUACAGGAGACCAGAUUUCUUCAUUCAAUCCGGCCUACAGGAUACACAACAACUGUGACGGAACAGGAGAUAUUGAAUUUGAUUUCUGGGCUGCACGUGAGACCUUGUAUUUUAACGACGAAAACUUGGACGAUGGCUGCCAAGUCGAGUUUCAAGUCGAAGAAUCAUGUGUCGAGGAUUGUCCCUCGCCGUCGUGGGGAGCUACUAAGUCAACCGAUGAUUCUCCUCUUCUUCCUGACAACCAUUUCUACAGCAACCUUUCCCCUUCAAGACGAAGACAGAUCAUCGAACAAGGUCGGAAAGAACUCAUGGAGAUGGUCCGUAAUAUGCCCGAGUCCAACUACGAGCUUUCGCUGAAAGAUUUAGUCGAUCGAAAAAAUCCACCGGAGAUGGUCAAAGAGAGAGUGGUUUAUGAAGACAAGAGCUUAAGUUCGGGAACGGAGACGAAGAGAAGGAAGACGAAGACUGCUGCAGGUUCGUUAUCCAGAACUAAGAGUAUGGAAGCUGAUCAUUUCUUGUUAAAGAUGUCUUUCCCGACUCGUCUAGUUAGUUUCAAGAAGAAAUCAAUGGCUGAAAAUAGCUCCAGGGUUUCGCCGAGUCCACCGGAAGGAUCCGAGAAGCCGGCGAGUAAGAAACGAUGGAUUAAAUGGAUUUUCAUGCGGAGGAAUCAUAACAACAGAGAAGACAGCAGCAACAGGUAGUUUUGUUCUCUUUUUGCAGACUUUUAUAUGUUGUA